CUGGGCACGGGGGAGACACAGUGCCAGGCCAGGCUGGAGGGUGCCCGGGUUAGCAUGACCGAGGUGGAACCCGUGCUGGACUUCGCAUCCUCCGGGAGAACGGGCCGGCGCAAUGCCCUGCCCGACAUCCUGGGCUCGCCGGCCGGCGUCAGCCCCUCCGACCUGCCCCUCAAGCUGGCCGAGAUGUCCCUGAGCGCAGGCAGCGCCCAGGAGAUGCAGUCGCCCUCGGCGGAGGUGCCCCCUCCGCAGCCCCCCAGCCCCGAGCUGAAGGACACGUCUUAA